CGCCUUCAAUGGUCACUUUCAUGGGUUGUAACUCGCAACAGUAAGUUUCGGGCAUCGGCAAGUUGUAAAGCUCAAGGAAGUUCUGAAAGUGGAAUAGACAGAUUUAGUGAUCUUUCGGAUGAAGUUGCUCAUCAGAAUUGUUCUGUUAAUUGCAAUUUAGGCAAGGGAGGAGCUGGUGUGUUCGCAUAGGAAGGUGUAACUGAGGUGGUAAAACUUUAGGACAAAAUCUUAAGAGAAAAGACCUUAUUUCCUAAAGUCUAACCCCUUAUUUUUUUUUUUUUUUAAAUGUCACAUAUAAUUUUUUUGAAUAUCACAUAUAAUUUUUUUAAAUAUCACAUAGGAAGGUGUAACUGAGGUGGUAAAAGUUUAGGACAAAAGAGAAAAGACCGGAUUUCCUAAAGUCUAACCCUCUAAAUUUUUUUGAUAUCACAUACUAAUUGAAUACAUCCAGAUUUUUGUGGAAUUUUAUAAAAUUCUUUAAAUCUUGUUUGAAUAUCGAUGAACUUCCAUGGCUUUAUUUAAAAUUUGGAUAGAAUACAGCUCUCUCUGAAAAAGGGUUUUGCCCCUCUCUUCAAAACUCUUUGGCUUAGGGAGUACAAUUGGAGUUUAAAGAAUUUUAAAAGAAUUUUAAAAAUCUAAAUGUAUUCAAUUAGGAUUUAAAAAAAAAUUAUAAAACUCCAUAAAAAACUCGAGUGUAUUUAUUACGGAUUUUAAAAAUUCAACUAGGAUUUUAUUUAAAAGAUGAAUGAUUGUUAACCGGUUCGGCCGAUUGACGACUCCGGAGAAAAACCUAAUCAUGUAAAAAUGUAUAUAAAAAUACGAAGGAUUGUUAACCCUAAAGUCCAGGAGGGAGUGCCUUGUAUCUCACGUAUUACUCUCAUCCAUAUACUCUUCCUGCGAGACCUGAUUGCCCAAGAAGAAUUGAUUCAGCCACUACCACCUUGCCUGGAAAGUGCUUGAUAAUAUGCAUCUGUGAGAUUGAGAAUUUAAUUAGGAAAGGAUUAUCUCUUGUAGAUCCGACCACCUCCUUGAGGAGUCACUGCGAUGGGGUGCAAGCGCAACCUGCAGGCAUCCACAAUUUGUCAAGCUGAAGGGACUUCCUCUGAAGGUGGAAUAGACAGAUUUAGUAAUCUUCCGGAGGAAGUUGCUCAUCAUGUUCUUUCCUUCCUCAAUUUCAAAGACCUCACUCGAGUGGGUGCUCUGCCCAAAAGAUGCAGACAAUUUCACAUAUCAGUUCCGGUGGUGGAUUUUGGUACAAAUCAGUGGACAGAUGUAAAAAAAGUGGAUUUACCGGGGCUGAUGAGUUCUUUUGAUAGAUACUUGCUUGAUCGUGGUCAUAACAGGAUGCAGCGAGUCUGCAUCGGCUUGAGUUCCUAUAAAUCUGAAACAGCGAAGAAAGUUUCUGAUGACUAUUCUCGAGUACUCAAGUGGAUUCAUAAUGCAGUAAGGUGUAAUGUUGAAGAGCUUGAUCUCUAUUUCAUAUACCGGGUUACUAGCAUGUUGUCAUUGCCAUCUUUCAUUUUCCAUUCUCAAUCUUUGCGCUCUCUAUCGGUGUUCUCGGGUACACGCACUUUGGAGAUCGUUGAAGCACCGUCCCUAUCCUUUUCUAGUAAUCUCCGUUACUUAUCAUUGAGUGAUGUUAAAAUAGUAGACGAGAGGAUUUUCAAAUGGAUCUCAUGUUGCUGCAAAUAUCUCAAGGAAUUAAGUCUUAGUUCUAUCAAGGGUACACAAAAUAUCUCCAUUGAAAGUUCGUCUUUGGAAUCCUUUUCUUUUUUCAAUGAUGACGAUGACGAUGACGAUGACAAUGACGACUGCCAUCUCAAUAUAUCUGGUGAGAAACUUGAAAAUAUAGAUAUGUACUGGGGUGGUUACGAAGUAUUUGAGAGCAGAAAAAGCACAAAUAGCAACACAUCAUUGAAGAUUUUUGCUCCAAAUCUUAAAACUUUGAAAUGGAAAGGAGAAGUGAGGAAUUGCCAAAGUCUGGGAAAUUUAAAGAGUUUGGAAGAAGUUGAGAUUUUAUUGGAGCCUCUGAAAAAUGAGUUUGACAAAGUAUUGGAGGUUCUUUGCAGUAUAUGCUCGGCACAAGUUCUUAUUAUAAACGACAAGACCAUUAAGGCUGUGUACAAGGAAGGUUCCAAGCGAACACUAAUAUUGGAUAACGUUCGGAACUUGAGCAUACAUUGUGAGAGCUUGAAUAACAAGCUUGUUCCUGCUGUGGUCUCUCUUCUUAGGAGAAUGCCUAAUCUGAACAUUUUCUGCAUAAAGACUAGAUGUCACAGAUUGACUCCUAGAACAGCAAGUCGCUUUGGUAAUGAGUACUGGAAGCUGCAAAACCUUGCUUUCAUUCACCAGCUUAAGGAGGUAAGCAUAGAGAACUCCUAUGGGUCUAAUGAAAUCGAGUUUGCAAGGUAUAUUCUCGAGCAUGCUCAAAAUUUGAAGAAAAUGGUCAUUGUUCAUCGUGAUCAAAAUGCUCCGUCGAAAGUGUCUGGGAUGAUGAGUAAGAGCAAGAUGAUAUCCGCUGCUUCACUUCUCAUUCGGCAGAACCCAAAGCACUUCUACACUAUCACUUAUAUUGGUCCUGGGAUCUCACAUUGCGAUUUUGAUAUCUCAGAUAGUGAUUCGGAGAGCUCAGAUAGAGAUUCAGAGUUAAAUUCUUAAGCAAGUAAAGGGAUUUCUGGGAUCUAAAGGGAAGAUUGUUUGAUGUUUAAAAAAAAAAAAAAAAAACAUUGUUUACUGAGUUAAGCCUAUUUGACAUGGCAUUUCUGCAAUAUUUCUUGUGUAAUAUCUUCCUUGCAAUUUGCUUAACCCAAACCUAAUUGUCUUGCAAGGCACAAAAAUUAAUAAUCUGGGAUCCGAAAAGGAAUCAA